AUGAUGUUCUCCAGGUUCAUCGGCUUCAGCACGUCUGUCUGGAAUUGCGGGUGCAUGAACGCAGCCCUGAUUUGCUUCAACAGCAGCAUGCGAACGGUGCCUGGGAACUUCGGCGAAAUCGUCUGCGGUUUGAGCGAUACGGCGAGCUGUUGGGCAGGUUUGCCCUCGUCCGGCUCGAGCACUCCGGCAAGAAGUCGGAUGAACGUCGUCUUGCCCAUGCCGUUCUCGCCAAGCAUAACGAUGAUCUCGGAGUCCGUGAACGAAGAGCCUUCCACGGAAAUCUUGAAAUUGCCGAGAGUCUUCUGCCGGGUUUUGUCAAGGACGAGUUCUUCGGCAGUUUCGACCAUCUUGAAGGAAAGAGCUUCCUCACGGAAACGCAAGUUCUCCGUAGGGAUGAAACCGUCCAAAAAUAUGUUGAUACCUACGCGACACCGACGCAUGGUGACCACACCGUACAUAGACGGUUUACCGUAG